AUGUCUCCAAGUUCAAACAUAACAACAGCCCAACACAAUGAGUCUCCGAAGAUCAAAGAAGAAUGGAAGCGCGAUGCAUGGAGACGUAACACAGUCGUACUCCUCAAUGGAAAUUUCUCGGAGGGUGUAGCACCUCCUACUGAGCCUCUGGUUGUGCAAGCUAAUGGCAGUGUCUUGGAGCUGUUCUACAUCUGGCUUUACACCGGCAAACUUGGCAUCGCUCUCUUGCCUGAUGAAUCCAACAAUAAUAUCUGGUACACUACGAUUACAAAGCUUUACAUCCUUGCCGACGAGCUCAACUGUAUCGCGCUGCAGCGUUCUAUCGUUUCGACACAGAUAUUGGUCAGCAAGAAUAUAUCCCUUCCGAGAUUCGAAAUCGUUGGGACCCUGUCAGACAGCUCUCUCAAGUCUUCCGGCCUGUAUCAGUACUACGUGGAAGCUCUCGCUAGACAUUGGAACGGUUCCUUGACUGGAGGACCAGCUUUUCAGUGGUGUGCUAAGAUGGAUGAUCCCAUGCCGCCCAAUCUUGCAUAUCACUUACUGAUGAAGAAACUCAAAAAGCCUGACAACCGCGUCGCCGGCAAACACUGUGUCUGUUGUCAUGAUCCUUGCGAGUUUCAUGGUCAAUCGAGUGAUCAGGAGCGUGAAGCUACCUGUGGUGCCCCUGAUGAAGAAGUGGAGAUUGAGGAUUGCGACUGCGAUUCUCUACCCGACUCAGACACCGAUACGGAGCCAGAAUCAGAAUCAGUAUCUGGUUCGAGAUCGAAAUCGGAGGCUAUAUUGCUCGAUGAUUCGGCUACAAAGAAGCGCAACCAUGAUGACGGCGAGACGAUCACUUCAAAGGCAAAGCGU